GGCCAGGCCCGGCCCAACCCUAGCCCGACACCGACCCGACCCGCGCGGCUCUCUCCCUCUGCGAGAGAGAGAGAGAGAGAGAGGGGGAAGGCAAGCCACCGCACCGCACCGCACCGCUCCGAGGAAGAAGACGACCUCCCCUCCCGCCGGGUCGAAGAGGGAAGAAGGAUCCCCGCCGGAGAUGGCACAGAGGAGCAACUGGGAGGCGGACAAGAUGCUGGACGUGUACAUCUAUGAUUACUUGGUGAAGCGCAACCUCCACAACUCCGCCAAGGCCUUCAUGAACGAGGGCAAGGUCGCCACCGAUCCCGUCGCGAUCGACGCCCCGGGAGGCUUCCUCUUCGAGUGGUGGUCCAUCUUCUGGGACAUCUUCGACGCCAGGACAAGGGACAAGCCCCACCAAGGAGGAGGGCCCGGGGCCGCAGCGCCUUCUAUGGACAUGAAGUCAAGGGAACACCAGAUGAGACUCCAGUUACUGCAACAGCAGAAUGCCCACUUGCAGAGAAGGGAUCCAAAUCAACCGGCCCUUAAUGGUGCUAUGAACUCUGAUGUAUCAGCUGUUCUGGCCUCUAAAUUGAUGGAAGGAAUGAGGAAUCACAAUCCUAUGGACUCCGAGGCAUCACAGCAGCUCUUCGAUGCAAAUAGGAUGGCUCUUCUCAAGUCAGCAGCUAACCAAACUGGGCAACUUCAGGGCAGCUCGGUCAAUAUGGCAGCUCUGCAGCAGCAGCUUCAGUCAAGAAACCAGCAAGUUGACAUCAAAGGUGAUGGUGCUACUCAACAAAGAACAAUGCCUACAGACCCUUCCGCAUUAUACGGAGCAGCCAUGCUGCAAUCAAAAUCUGGAUUAGCCACUUCUGGGCUAAAUCAAGGAGUCGGGAGUGUGCCACUGAAAGGCUGGCCGCUAACAGUCCCAGGUAUCGAUCAACUCCGGUCAACUUUAGGAGCACAGAAGCAGUUGAUGACAUCUCCAAACCAAUUUCAAAUUUUAUCACCACAACAGCAAAUGAUGGCUCAAGCACAAACACAGAAUGAGCUUGCUAGAAUGGGUUCUCCAGCUCAUUCUGGUUCACCAAAGGUUCGGCCAGAUGAACACGAGUAUAUGAUGAAGUUGAAGAUGGCCCAGAUGCAGCAGUCCUCGGGGCACCGGAUGAUGGAAUUGCAACAACAGCAGCAGCAGCACCACCAGCAACAGCAGCAACAACAUCAACAGCAACAACAGCAACAGCAACAGCAGCAGCAACAACAGCAGCAGCAGCAACAACAGCAGCAGCAGCAGAAUAGUAGAAAGCGGAAGCCAACUUCUUCUGGGGCAGCUAAUAGUACCGGCACAGGAAAUACCGUUGGGCAUUCUCCACCCUCAACUCCAUCAACUCAUACUCCUGGUGGUGGAAUACCAGUAGCUAGCAACGUGAACAUUGCGCAAAAAAGUUCAAUGGUUUGUGGCGCGGAUGGAACAAGUGGAUUUGCUUCAUCCUCUAAUCAGAUGGAUAAUUUGGAUAGUUUCGUUGAUUUUGAAGAUAACGUCGAUUCAUUUUUGUCAAAUGAUGAUGGGGAUGGUCGAGACAUAUUCGCUGCAUUGAAGAAAGGGCCCUCGGAGCAGGAGUCCCUGAAAAGUCUUUCUUUGAGUGAGGUUGCUAAUAACCGUGCAAGCAACAACAAGGUUGUUUGCUGUCACUUCUCUACAGACGGAAAGUUACUUGCUAGCGCCGGUCAUGAGAAAAAGGUCUUCCUCUGGAAUAUGGACAAUUUUAGCAUGGAUACUAAACCGGAAGAACAUACAAACUUUAUAACAGACAUAAGAUUCAGACCGAAUUCGACUCAGUUGGCUACUUCAUCUUCUGAUGGAACUGUUCGACUAUGGAAUGCAGCCGAGCGGAACGGCGCAUUGCAAAAUUUUCUUGGGCAUUCCUCCCAUGUAACAUCAGUAGAUUUUCACCCGAAAUUGACAGAGAUUCUAUGCUCGUGUGACGACAAUGGAGAGAUCCGGUUCUGGACAGUUGGUCAAAAUGCGGCUUCACGCGUGUCCAGGGUGAAACAGGGCGGUACUGGUAGGGUGAGGUUUCAGCCUCGGAUCGGAAAGCUCCUUGCCGUGGCAGCCGGAAACACGGUGAACAUCAUCGAUAUCGACACGGACACGAGUUUACAUUCACAGGCAAAGGUUCACUCUGGCGAGGUAAACUGCAUCUGCUGGGACGAAACGGGCGAGUACCUGGCGUCCGCAAGCCAGGACAGCGUGAAGGUGUGGUCGGCGGCGUCAGGGCAGUGCAUCCACGAGCUGAGGUCGCACGGGAACCAGUACCAGUCGUGCAUAUUCCAUCCGAGAUAUCCGAAAGUUUUGAUAGUCGGUGGUUACCAGACGGUGGAGCUGUGGAGCGUGGCGGAUAACCAGAGGAACGUGGUCCCGGCGCACGAGGGGCUGAUCGCGGCGCUGGCGCACUCCCCGCUGACGGGGUCGAUCGCGUCGGCGAGCCACGAUAGAUGGGUGAAGCUGUGGAAGUAGGAGAUUGGUUGGUUGUAAAGACGAACUUUGAGCAUAUUUGUGGUGGGAGAGAAGCUGUGGAACUGGAGCACAAGGCAGCAAGCAAAUACAUGCAUCUUUUGACCGUCUGUUGUGGAGGGAGGGGAGGGGAGGGGGUGUAUGUACCUACCUAGAUGAAGGAAUGAAACAAGGAAGCAAGUUUGCAGCUGAGUGAGAGAAAGACGAGUUAUUUUGUGUAAUUAAACCGCGGUCCAUCAAUAUUAAUUUUAGUAGUGGAAAGAAGUGUGCUAUUUAA